AUGCCAGACGAGAUCGCUCAAGUUCGUUUUCUGAUAGUCGGACGCACCGGUUGGAUCGCCAACAUGGUUGCAGAGCUACUUGAGCAGCGCGGUGAGCGGUACGCGUUUGCGAGCUUCCGUCUCGAGCAGCGCGAGGCCUGUGAGCGCGAACUGGACGCGCUGCGCCCACAGCGGGUCCUGAACUGUGCUGGGGUCACUGGGCGUCCGAACGUCGACUGGUGCGAGGACCACCGGCGCGAGACCGUCCGCAGUAACGUACUGGGCGUGCUGAACCUGGCGGACUGCUGCGCGUCGCGCGGGAUCCACCUCACCAACUUUGCUACCGGCUGUCUAUACCACUACGACGACGGCGAGCACCGGCCUACGGCUGAGGGCGGCAGGCCCUUCACGGAGGACGAUCCGCCGAACUUUUUCGGUAGCUACUACAGUCGCACCAAGGCCAUGGUGGAGGAGCUGCUGCGCAGCGCUUUUGACAAUGUGCUCAUCCUGCGACUGCGCAUGCCCGUGAGCGACGACCUGUCGCCGCGCAGCUUUGUCACGAAAAUCGCACGCUACGAAAAGGUUGUGAAUAUCCCCAACAGCAUGACGGUUUUGACGGAGCUGCUGCCAGUGGCACUGGAUAUGAGCGAGCGCGGCCUUACGGGCGUGUACAACUUUACCAAUCCGGGUAGCAUCUCGCAUAACGAGGUCCUGGAGCUUUACAGAAAAUACAUCGAUCCAAAGUUCCAAUGGAAGAACUUUACGCUCGAGGAGCAGGCAAAAAUCCUCAAGGCCGGCCGCUCCAACUGCGAGCUCGACGUCCGCAAACUGCUGCGGGACAAUCCCGGUGCCCAGAUCCGCGAGGUCCACGCCGCCAUGGAGGAGGUCUUUCGGCGCAUGCAGGCGAAGGGUGUCAAGCCGCUGGUGGCGCCCUAA